CCAGAGCUAGCAUAGAUACCCGAGCAUCACACUGUCAGAGAGAAGAACUGCGGUGUUUGCGUGGAAACUGGUUGCUAUAUUAGUGUCAUUUCUGUUUUAUUUAAAAGUGUAAACAAUCACUAUGUCCACCGUAAAGAAAGGAGACUUGUCUCCAAACGAAAAGGAGUUGUUUAAAGUUAUUUCUGCAGGGAACGUCCAGGAAGCCUCCAGGCUGCUGGGCUGUAAGGAUGUUCGAGUUAACUGUCUGGAUGAGUAUGGAAUGACGCCCCUCAUGCACGCUGCCUACAAAGGGAAAGCAGACAUCUGCAAGUUGCUCCUCCAACACGGAGCUGAUGUAAACUGCAACCAGCAUGAACAUGGAUACACGGCGCUCAUGUUUGCUGGCCUGUCAGGAAAGACUGACAUCACUUGGAUGAUGCUGGAUGCCGGGGCGGAAACAGAUGUGACCAACUCUGUUGGACGGACCGCCGCUCAGAUGGCAGCUUUUGUUGGUCAGCACGACUGCGUCACUGUAAUCAACAACUACUUUUCUCGAGCCAGGCUGGAUUACUACACAAAGCCGCAGGGUUUGGAGAAGGAACCAAAGCUGCCGCCCAAACUGUCCGGACCCCUUCAUAAGAUCAUCAUGAGCACCAACCUGAACACGGUCAAAUUGGUGAUGCUGGUGAAGGAAAACCCGUUGCUCGCCGAGGUGGAGGCUCUGGACAAAUGCAGAAGAGUGAUGGAGCUGAUCUGUGAGAAGUGCAUCAAGCAGCAGGACAUGAACGAGGUUCUGGCGAUGAAGAUGCACUACAUCAGCUGUGUGCUGGGAAAGUGUGCCUCCUUCCUGAAAGACCGCGAGGACAAGCUGGACGGCCUCAUAAAGAGUUUGCUAAAAGGUCGUGACAGCGACGGAUUCCCAGUUUUUCAGGAGAAGUUCAUCAGAGAAUGCAUCCGAAAGUUCCCGUACUGCGACGCCACGCUGCUGCAGCAGCUGGUGCGGAGCAUCUCUCCUGUAGACAUCGGUAACGACCCCACGGCGCUCUCGGUUCUGACUCAGGCCAUCACAGGGCAGGUCGGUUUCAUGGACGCAGAGUUCUGCACCACGUGUGGAGAAAAGGGAGCUGAGAAGAGAUGCUCCAUCUGCAAAAUGGUCAUCUACUGUGGACAAGCAUGCCAGAAAAUGCACUGGUUCACCCACAAGAAGGUUUGUAAGAAGCUGCAGGAGCAGCGAGAGAAGCAGGAAGCAGAAAUGGCCAAACUGAGGACGGAGCAGAGCAAAGAGGAGAUUAAAUCCGUCCAGGAUGCUGCAGACUCCAUGCAGGGACUCUCUAUGGAAACCAAAAGCGAAGAGACGCCUGCAGACGCUGCUGCUGCAGAAACAUCAGACUCCACUUCCAUCACAACUGCUGACAACUGAGGAGCAUCCUGACAUCCGGGGCACAGCAAGGAAACAGACACUUUCACUGGGAACCAGACAGACUGGUCCAGGAAUAUUUAUUAACAUCUGAGCCUGAACCACGUCUUUUUGCCCAUUUCCUAUUUAUAAAUGAUAAUGCUACAUGUUCUGGUGUUUGUAGAAAUGUGGACGAGCAAACGGAGGGCUUCGGGUUCACAGCGAUGAUGAAGAUGCAACGUUAAUCUGCCUUAAGAAUCUGUAGCAAACAGAGGAUGAAGUGGCUGUGCCGCCUGCCAUUUGUCUGAUUUAUUUUUGUACCAACAGUCCCAUUUUGUGUGUGUAAGGUGAGGCUGCUUAAUGCUGACCAAAAAUCUGAGGUAUUUUUAGAUGUGGAUGAUGUAAAUGUGAGUUUGUCUUGGUGAACUAUGGAAGAAAAUGUUGGAGACAGAGCAAGAAAACUGUUUGUUAAUAGAAAAAUAAAUACAUUUCCAUUGAAAAAAUUUACUUCUUUUUCCUGAUGAGACAACCCAAAAAUAAAAAGUUUAAUUCAAUUCAGGAUAUUUAUAUUGUACUGAUUCUCAACAAACAUUUAAUUUCUAUUUAAUAAUAGUCAGUUUAGUCCACAUAUUUAGACCCCCCUCC